AUGUACAUUUACAGUUCAAUUGACAGCUGGGAAUCACCUGUUCUAUUAGCUGCUGUUGUUCCUGGAUCCGAAGAUGAUUCAAGUGGUUCAGAAGAAGGUGGUGAUCCUUCAGCUGAUCCAGUCAUAGUACCUCAAGUUCCAGAUAUUAAAACUGGAAGAGUUAUCGAAAGAACAUUAGGUGAUCAUCGAUUAUGGAGAAUGGCUCUAUUUAAUUUUGAAAAAUAUCCUGGAAUGAGAAUGAAUGUACCACCGGAACGAAUGACAUGGACUGAUACAGUCACUCUUUUCUUGGCAAAUGAAGAUUUUACUGCAGUUAAUGAGGAUGGUCGAUGUGAUGGACAUUUUGUCCGUAUUCCAUUAUUACAUAGACAUUGUACUUACUUAUCGUCGAUUCAUUACAAUACGUUAUGCAUGUUAUGUGAAAAUACGAUAAAUAUAACUGAUAUCAUUCCUUAA